AUGGUUACUUUUGAAAGUCUCCUUGGACCACUCUCCACUCAGAUACCGCGUAGAGCAAUGGGUAUCGAUAGUGCAAUUGAUGCUGGAGCAUCCUGCUACUAUUCCGGCGCAUUAAUGCUUCAAGGCCAAGAAUUACUUGGCCCCGGUACUCCCAAGACAGUAUGGGAAGGAUUAGGUUAUGAAGUAGGAAUACAAUAUUUCGAUAUCACACUUGCCUCGGAGACGCAUAAAGUCAAAAUGUGGCAUGCCGAUAGGCCGAUUGGAGUUCCCCCAGAGGCAGCAUCAAUUGCAGCUUCCGGAGCGCGUUUUAUUACUUUUCAACCUCGCAAAUGGGCACCCGACGGCCAAAUCGUAGUGGAGUUUCGUGUGACUAUACCGCCUACUAUGUUUCCUCCGCCGGGCGUUAUCUACAAGUUCGAACUUAAGGCUCGUGCCACUGUAGCCAUUAUACACAAGGAUUUGGGCCAAGGUCCCGACUUUAUGCGUCGUAUCGCGGAGACUGUAACUUUGGAGCUUGGUCGCCAGAAGGCUGGUUGGCCUUGGCCACAGCAACACGUCCAUGGGCGGCGGAUGACAUGA